AUGGCCGUGUGCGGUGGCAGCGGCCCGUUCGAUUUCUCCGAGCCCUGUGUCCGCCAGACCUGGGCCGCCCUCUUCCCCGCUGCCUUCGUCCUCCUCCUCUGCGCUGGCUCUCUACCCCUCCCCGCGUUCGUCAAGAAGCGCGCGCAGAACCCUUUGAACCCGUUUCGGAGAUUCAUCACCCUCCAAGAGGCCGAGGCGCUCGCGCAGGUCAAGGCCGAUGAUGCGGCAAACCUCAAUACAGAAGCAAUAGCAGAAGCAGCAGCAGCAGGAGACCCCAUCUACCUCUGGCGCACGCUCACACUGGCCCUCCUCGCCCUCCUCGAAGCCCUCGUCUGGCUCGCAGCCGGCUCCUACGUCCUCGCCACCCGCGCGCCUGCCGCGUCCAGCGCCUCCGCCUCCUCCGUCUGGACCGGGGCGUCCUUCAUCGUCCUCGCGUGCUCGUGGGUGUACGCCGCAUGCGUGCCCAUCGUGCGCCCGCGCGCGACCGUGCACUACGACUUGUUUGCGCUGUACGCCGUGCACCUCGUGUGCGGCGUGCUGAUCCUCGGCGGGACGCUGUACGAGCACCGCAUCUGGAACGUCGCGCUGCCGCCUGUGUGGGCGUUUGCGGGGAUGAUUGGGAAUCUGGUGGUGGUGUGCGUGCUGCUGCUCGCGGUGAUGACGAUGCCGAUGCAGGUGCCGUGUGGGGUGGUCAAGCCUGAGGAUGGUGUUCGUGUUUCUGCGGAGGAUUAUACGACGUUGUUGGGGUGGAUUAGUUUCUCGUGGGUGUAUCCCAUGAUCCAGAAGGGUGCAAACGCGACGCUCAACGAAGACGAUGUCUGGGACCUCAGCCCGACUCUCCAGUCUCGCCCAGUGUUCCUUCGUUUCGAUUCCAUUCUUCGUUCGUCGCUCCUUAAACGUCUCUGGGCUGCUAAUUCCCUCGACCUUAUACUGGACUUUACCCUAACGGUCUUGAGUAUUAUCUUCAACUACGCGUCACCCUUCUUCCUCAAGUACGUGCUGCGUAUUCUCGACUCUGUCAUGGACCCAACCCCCGAAAACCAGUCGCGCGCAGUUAUAUACGCGCUCCUCGCGUUCCUGUGUACCGUCCUCAAGGCCCAAGCCGACGUCCAACACCUCUGGUUCGGACGACGCGCGGCGACGCGCAUACGCGUGGAGCUCGUCGGCGCCGUGUACAACAAGGCGCUUAAGCGCGUGGACUAUUCGGGCAUCGUUGACAAUGUGAAUGCGAGUGCGGGCGGGGACGAGCCGCUUGCGGGUGCGGAUGUGGGGAAGAUUGUUAAUCUGAUGGCUGUUGAUGCGAAUAGGGUAAGUGUGUUGUUGCUGGUGGGGUUUUGGGAGGACGCACCCAUCGAGAUCAUCAUCGCGAGCAUCUUCUUGUACAACGUCCUGGGCUGGUCCGCCUUCGCGGGCUUCGUCGUCCUCCUCGCCGGCUGGCCACUCAACUCGUUCGUCGCGAAGCGCCGCAUCCGGAUCCAGAAGGGCGUGUCCGCGUCGCGCGACCGGCGCAUGGGCGUGCUCAACGAGCUGCUCGGCGCGGUGAAGUUUAUCAAGUUCUUUGCGUGGGAGGAGCGCUGGAUCGGGCGGGCGAUGAAGGCGCGGGCGGAGGAGUUGGCGUGGAUCGUUAAAGCGCGGAUUAACUCGGUUAUUUUUACGGCGAUCUGGACGAGCGCGCCUAUUUUGGUGUCGCUCGUGUCGUUCUUUACGUAUGUGUAUCAGGGGAAGGAGCUUACUGUUUCUAUCGCGUUCACGGCUAUUGCUUUGUUCAACAUGAUCAGGCUGCCUUUGAACGCGCUCCCGACGUUCACCGUCCAGAUUCUCCAGACGCUCGUCGCCGUCCGCCGUCUCGAGACGUACCUCGGUGAAGACGAGGUGUCUUCGCAAGUCUCUUCUUUGAAGCAGACGGAAGAAAGUCUAGCCGCCGAGAGCGCGUACGAGGGACUUGCGAUCGAGAAUGGCUCGUUCAAGUGGAAUGAGGUCCCCGAGAAGGUUGAAGAGCAAGCUGAUGGCAAGGGUAAAGGUACGCGUGAUACUUCCAUUACGGCGACGCUGGCGGACUCUGCGUCCGUCGCGGAAAGCACGUUCCAGGACCACCGGUUCGAGCUGCGCGAUAUCAACGUUAGCUUCCCCGAGGGCGAGCUGACGGUGAUCACGGGCCCGACUGCGAGCGGGAAGACGGCCUUGCUCAUGGCGCUCCUCGGCGAAAUGACGCUCACACAAGGCAAGCUGCUCAUGUCGAAGAACACGCGGCGCGUCGACGCGUUCGGGCACACGCACUCGUUCUCGUACGCGGCGCAGAUGCCGUGGCUCCGGCACCAGUCGAUCAAGGAGAACAUUCUGUUUGGGUACCCGUACGACGAGGAGCGGUACAAUGCCGUUGUCGAGUGUUGUGCGCUCAAGCCGGAUUUGGAUAUUCUGGAGGACGGGGAUGCGACGGAGAUUGGGGCGAGGGGCGUUAGUUUGAGCGGGGGGCAGAAGGCUCGGGUUGCUCUCGCGAGAGCGGUGUAUGCGAGGACGAAGUAUGUUCUUUUGGAUGAUCCUUUGAGUGCCGUGGAUAGUCAUACUGCUCGGUUCUUGUACGAAAAACUGUUCCGUGGACCGUUGCUGGCUAACCGCACUGUCAUUCUCGUUACCCAUCACGUCGAGCUGGUACUGCCAGGGACGUAUUACCUCGUCCGUAUGCUGGAUGGACGGAUUGAUACCCAAGGCACUGUCAAGGACCUCCGCGCACAAGGCAUUCUGGACGAAAUCGCUCAGGACUCCGCAGCGGAAACCAAGGAAGAAGAGCCUGUUGUCGCCCUGGACGCUCCUGUCGAGGCCGCCGAGCCUGUCGAUGAAAACGCGCAGAAAUCCGCCGAGGUCAAGAAGCCCAGGAAGUUCGUCAAGGACGAGCACCGCGAGGAGGGUGGGGUUAAAUGGUCGAUUUACCUGGCAUACAUGAGGGCUUCGUCGUACUGGACGUGGUUCGGCCUUUCGAUCCUCAUCGUCAUCGCGCAGUGUAUCGGUGUCGGCGAGAAGCUCUGGAUUAGCGCGUGGGGUUCAGCGUAUGACGCCACGAGUCAACUUGCACCGUACACUCACGCGUCCAUCGCGUUGGUCGACAACGAGGCUGCGUACAGCGAAUACCCUUUCCAGUCCCACCAUUAUGCCCAGAACACGUUCUAUCACGUCCAGUCCUCAUCCUUCAACACAUGGGCCCUUCCAGACGUUCGCGAGCACCCGCUCUUCUAUGUUGGCGUAUACGGCUGCAUCGGUCUCGCCUCAGCGCUCGUCAACAUCUCCUCCACCCUCAUCCAGUUCACGGGCGCGCUGCGCGCCUCGCGCCUCAUGUUCCGGCAGCUGCUCGAGCGCGUGACGCGCGCGACAAUGCGCUGGCACGACGUGACGCCGACCGGGCGGAUGCUGAACCGGUUCGGCAAGGACAUCGAGACGAUCGACGACAACCUCGCCGGGUCGCUCUCCGCGGUGAACUCAUCGCUCGCGACGUUCGCGGCGGCGAUCAUCACUGUCGCGGUGUUUUUCCCGCUGUUCCUCGUCCCCGCUGUGAUACUCGGAUACGUGUACUAUUCGCUUGCGAUUGGGUAUUUGAGCACAGGGCGGGAUUUGAGGAGGAUGGAGAGCAAUUCGCGGAGUCCGAUUUUCUCUGGGUUUGGGGAGCUUUUGGAGGGGAUUGUUACGGUGCGCGCGUUUUCGGCCGAGGGGCGGUUUAUGGAUGGUUUGCAUGGGAAGCUGGAUGUUACGAUCAAGAUGUGGUACAUGUUCUGGAUGACGAACCGUUGGCUACUACUCAACUUUGACACCCUCGGCGGCCUCGCCGUCUUGAUCACCACGCUCUUUGCCCUCUCGGGCCUCGUGGAGUCCGGCGUCGCUGGUGUCUGCAUCACGAGCGCGAUGACGUUCACGAAUAGCGUGUACUGGGCGUGUCGGUUCUGGACGGCGCUCGAGCUCGAUCUCAAUUCCGUCGAGCGUCUGGUCGAGUACCUUGACCUUCCUCAAGAACCCGCUGCCGUCAUCGAAUCAAACCGUCCUCCUGCGUACUGGCCCUCAAGCACAGGCUCGACCGACCUCAUCUCGGUCGAGAACCUCGUCAUCAAAUAUGCACCGGAGCUGCCGCCCGUUCUUCACAACGUCUCGUUCACGCUGAAGCCGAGAGAGCGAAUUGGGCUGCUCGGUCGUACUGGUACCGGCAAGUCGACGCUCGCGAUGAGCAUUUUACGCUUCGUGGAUCCCGCGAGUGGGCGCAUCAUGAUCGAUGGAAUUGAUAUUUCGAAGAUUGGUAUUCACGACCUUCGCUCGCGUCUGACUUUUAUUCCCCAGGAUGCUACGCUGUUCUCGGGCAGUCUGAGAGAAAACUUAGAUCCCUUUAACGAGCACGAAGACUUCGAGUGUCUCGAUGUGUUGUACCGCGUUCGGAUGUUGACCGAGAGCGCCUAUCAGUCCCAACGGACUUCUCGCGCUCCAUCUCGUGCCCCGUCCCGCGCAUCAUCUUCGCAAAGCGGUCUGCCCGACGAGGCUGCUUCCUCCGUCGUGUCUAUUUCUCCCACGGAAUUGGACGCCAAGACGAAGAUCUCGCUCGACACUCAGGUGUCGGCAGGCGGCACCAAUUUCUCCCAGGGCCAGAGGCAGCUGAUCGCUAUGGCGCGUGCGCUUCUCCGCCGUAGCUCGAUCAUCGUUUUGGACGAGGCUACGAGCAGUAUUGAUUUUGCCACGGACGCCAAGAUUCAAGCGACGAUUCGCGAAGAGUUCAAUGAUUCACUUCUUCUUACCGUUGCUCAUCGCUUGCGCACCGUCAUCGACUACGACCGGCUGAUCGUCCUCGACAAGGGCGAGAUCGCCGAGUUCGACACACCCAUGAACCUGAUCCAAAAGGAGAACGGUAUCUUCCGGACAAUGUGUCUCAAGAGCGGAACGUUUGCUGAAUUAGAGGCUGUUGCAAGGGCCAAAGCUGAGGGCGACCAGGGGCGUCUAUGA